AACAUAAUUACAUUGUGGAAUGAACGUUACAUGGUACUACCACACACCAAUUCAAUCACCGAGAGUGACAUUCACGCGCCACGCUGGCGCGUAGAGUUGGUUCCGGCUAUUCCUCCAAAAGGGAGCCAAAGCCAAAGCGCAUUCCUUUGUCACCGUUCACUCUCCUUGCCAGCACCCAACCUUCUCCUUGCCGGUGACGGAAUUUAAAGCACCCGCCCUAGUUUGCAUCAAAGUUUCCAGCUUCACGUGAACCCUUUACGGAUUGAUGACAACUUGUCUGGUUUGGGCAUCAAGAACAAAAAACAACCUUCGUAGAAUUUUUCUGGAAAAUUAUGGAAGCACGUCCUACUUUCUCUAUUGAAAGAUCAAAUGCUAAGCAACACAAUAACUUGGGGAUGUCUGAAGCAUUUCCUUCAUCGAUGCCUGUCCUUCCAAUGACUCUAGAAGGGACAUGCCCCAAAUUAUCUGAUUCUCAGCCAGCAUUUAUGGAAAAAGAGCUUAAAGCAAAACCUUUUACUCGUUCAAAUCAUUUAACUACCAGCGGAGCUGUUGGGCAUAUGUUUUCAUCUUCUCCUGGAUAUUCAACUGAUCUUCAUCACUCAUCCUUUUCAUCUCAUGAAAAGCACCCUAUAAAUACUCCUUUUAUUUCACAGUCAUUGAAUAACAUGGCUUCACUGCCAUUAUCUUAUUCUUCAAAUAGUGAGCCAUUACCUUCUACAACAUCAACACCUUAUUCCAAUGGAAACAGUGUUUCCUGGCAUACAGAUUCCCUGUCUAGCUUUCUUGAUUUCCCUCCCAAUACCUCAAUUGAUAAUAGUCAAGUAGAAAGCAGUGCCGGCAAUAUUAUGGCAAAUGAAGAGUAUUCUAAGCGAAGUGAUUGGCAGGAGUGGGCUGACCAGUUAAUCGGUGAUGAUGAUCCGUUGACUUCUAAUUGGAAUGAUCUUCUUGCUGACAACAUUCAAGAUCUUGAACCGAAGGCAUUGUACCAGGCCUCAAAUUCAUCUUCACAACUUCCAAUAGGACACCAAUCCCAAAGCCAUCAACAACUUAGUGUUUCAUCUGGAGAAAAUCGUGUUGGUGUUGCCCCAUCUUCGUCAGCAAAUUCGGUACCUUCCAAGCCACGAAUGCGCUGGACACCUGAGCUUCAUGAGGCAUUUGUGGAGGCUGUCAACCAACUUGGUGGGAGUGAAAGAGCUACCCCUAAAGGUGUGCUGAAGCUUAUGAAAGUUGAAGGACUAACUAUAUACCAUGUUAAAAGCCACUUACAGAAGUACAGGACAGCUAGAUAUAGGCCCGAGUCAUCUGAAGGAGCUGCAGAGAAAAAACUAAGUCCAAUUGAAGAGAUAUCAUCUCUAGAUUUGAAAACUGGUAUUGAGAUCACUGAAGCUCUGCGACUGCAGAUGGAGGUUCAGAAGCGGUUGCAUGAACAGCUUGAGAUUCAAAGAAAUCUACAGUUGCGAAUAGAAGAGCAAGGAAGGUACCUUCAGAUGAUGUUUGAGAAACAGUGCAAAUCUGGCAUUGAAACAUUUAAGGCAUCACCGACUGCCGUUGAGAGUCCAUCUGGAGUUUCUUCUGAUGCCAUGAAAGAUUCUACAGCCAAAACUGAUUCCGAAACUGUCAAAGUGGACCUUUGCGAGUCAGGACCUAAUCAAGCCAAUGGCAGUACCAAAGUUGAGGAAAGCUCAUCGAAAGUGGAUGAGAAGCAGGAUCCUCAUGAAAGUAAAGCUUCUGAGAAUCCUAAGCAACAUGCUAGUGAAGAUAGUUCUCAAGCCCCAAAGCGUCAAAGGACUGAGGAUUAAGCCAUAUGAUAUACUGAAUCAGCAUUGAACUGACAAGACGAUACUGAUUCAUUCAAGAUUUUUAUUUAGUAAGGAAGACUUGGUAGAUUGAUGUCUAGAGCUCCAUAACUUGAGUCCCCCUCAGUCCUUUGUGUUCAAUGAGGACUUGCAUAUGUAUCUGUCAUUUUGUUACACAAAUGAUGAGUCAAAUUUUUGAUCAUACCGUUCUUCAAACUUCGUAUUUAGCAUCCUAGUUAGAAUGAGAUUCUAGUGUACAGUACAGAUAAUGGCUAAAUAUCAGAUCAUAAGUGAGGAAUGAAUUAGGAUAGCAUCUUAUCAAAUACUACCAUAUGAACUGUUUAUUUUAA